CUCCAUAGUACCCUUGAUCCCAUCCUCGGUGUCUUCACUGGGGCUCUUGCAUAUUACCUUUACGAGAAUAAUCCUCGUUCUGGCAUACAGCGAGAAGAUAGACUUUCAGAGCUGGUGCAAUGGAAGCUUGCAAAAUGGAAAAGUGAACGGGAGAAACGACUGACCAGUCCAAAUGAUACAGACGUUCUCACCGCGAUCAAGGCCGAAGUGGAGAAGGAAUGA